AUGAGCUGGAUGAAAAUUGCAACUUCCGUAGCUGAAGUGAAGAAGCGAGAAAGUGAGUUGUGAUUGGAUGAUCCAAUUAAUAAGGACAGAGGUCGGUCAAACCGAGCAUAUAACACACGAUGCGCUCGUUAAUUCGGCCUACAAAAUAUCAGAACGUGGCAGAACACAAACGGCAAAGAUACGCCGAGGGGAAAACCGACCAACGAACCUCCCCUGUAGGCCAAUAGCGAGUUUUCUCUCGCAAUUGUGCUAAAACCUGGACAAAACCUUCAACAAAUUCAGUCUCUGCAAAUUCAGUCUCUGGCUAUGACUUUGUCACUAUAGACACUAUACAUUACUAUCAAUUUGACACACCUUAAUGACCUUACUUGCUAACUGAAAUUUUAUUGACAGUUCAUUAAAUAGAAAUUAUACAAAUUUACAACAUUUUAAUCAAUGUUACAAUUCUCGACGUUGCACUUUUAUCGCGGCCUGUUGAUUAUCGUAAAUCUAUUGUUCUAUCACGUUCAAAUUUACCACGGAAUAUACCUUCUCGGAAGUUUUACAAGUUAAAGUAACAAUAAAAUUGAAAUCAAAAUGUUUUGCUGGCAGUAUAACGCUGAAGCAUGCAUUUUUUAGAUAUUUUAUUAAGCACUUACUAAUUACUAUAUACCGUAAUUUAAACACCUCGUGUGUUGUUUAGCCCAAUCGUCCAAUCCCGGACUCACCUCCCUGCAAGUACGUUUGUUAUAAAACCAAGCAGCAAAUAUAGCUCCUUAUAGUAAAUAUUUGAAACCUGGGAUACCUGGUCAUGAAGUACAUAAUUCCAACCAUGGUCAAUACCGUUCACGCCAUCCCUCACCACCUGGGUCAAUGCAUGACUCAACACAGCAAAAUUAGUUCGAGAGGAGGUGCGGCGACAAACUCAAUACCUCACCCAAACCAACCGCCCAUCAAGUUCUGGUGUUCCUUCUAACCGUAACCGUCGUACAGCUGAUGGCUUACCCAUAUGCAACAAAUGUAAUAAAGUUGGCCAUAUUGCUCGUAACUGUAGAGCUGGAGGAAUACAACAUCAGCUCCCACAAGUUUCUCAGCAUAAUUUUCACAUCCGUCCCGGCAUGCAACAUCAAUUUUCAUCUCAGUUUAAUUCAUAUACUCGUCCUGGCAUGCAACACCAGUCUGUGCAGAAACCCCAAUUUAAUUAAAACAUUCAUCCUGAUGCUCCCACAUUCAAUCCUCAACAAGGGUGAACCGCCAACAACCCAUUUAAUCCGGAAUCGGGAAACUAAUGGCUGCUUCUUUAUACCGGGAUGAUAGGGAAGCAAUGAUUUUGACAACCCCCCAUUUCCUGUUGAAACAAGUGUGAAUAUACAUUCUGAUCUUGUAGAUAUUGAUUUUAGUUUACCUGCAGACAAGUCACUUGGGGUAUUAUGUAAGGAGAGUAACAGUAACUCCUCUGGCCUACCGAAGAUAAAUGGUGAUACAUUGACAACAAAUGUAAACCCAAUGAGUCAAAUGCGUACAGAUAGUUUUGAGGUGACCGCGUCACCAUGUGUAAAUGUACCACAGCAAGUCAAAUUUGGUGCUAGAGAACAAUGUCUCUUACCUCAUACAAUAGAUGUACCAGUCUGUAAUGAUAUCUAGUCGACCUGUCAUAUGAAGUUAAUAAACAAACAAGUAAUGAACCAAGUGUAGUUGUUUUGAAUUCUGACCUGGAAGGCCUGUCAUAUCCUGUUCCAAAAACCUCUGUGUAUGCUGUUAAUUCUAUUACUUUUGAGUUUCGCAAUAAUUGUCCAUUCUUGCAAGGUCAAGUAAGUGGUAUACCCACGUCUCUUUUAUGCGACACUGGAGCAUCUGUCACCACGAUUAGUGAGAAGUUAUUUAACAAAUUCCAUAAUUGCAAGAAAAUGCCUAGCAGUAAAACAUUUCAACAAACUAUCAGAACUGUCAGUGGUGAAAACAUGCCCAUCAAAGGUGUGCCAUUAGUCCCCUUUCAAAUUGGCGAGUACAACUAUACAUUUUAUGCAUACAUCAUAGAAAAUUUAGCUUAUGAUGCAAUUCUUGGGUAUGACUUCCGUUGUCGUUAUCAAGGUAUCGAUUUUGACAACCAGUCUCUUGAAUUAUUGCCAUCAAGUGAAAAGCGACCACCUACGGAAACACAACCACCUUGUCCGAUAUCUAGUUAA